AUGUCUGUGCAAGACGACGUGUCAAACAAUCUAGUCGCUCCCCAUACACUUGUUGUCGAUCCACCUACGAACCAUCAAUUCCAGGAGAAAACUGUCAGCAAAAUGUCAGCAGUGAGACCCAUACACAAUGCUGUCCGCUCAGUGACCUCUUCUGCUGCAGCUUCUGCGUCAGCACGCCCGCUAUCGGGUAUUUUUGGAAUCAACAAGCCUAGCGGCCCGACGUCCAUGUCGCUGCUCGACGAUCUCAAGCCCCUUUUCGCAACCUCGCCACUCUUUGCAGAUGCUGAUGGUAAUCGAGUCAACGAUAAGAGUCGAAAGCGUGGCAAGUUUGGCGCCAAAGGGAAAGCAAAAUGGGCCGGUGGUGUAGCCGGCGCUCCUAAGAUCGGCCAAGGCGGGACGCUCGACCCUCUUGCUGACGGUGUUUUGGUGAUUGGUGUGGGCAACGGAACCAAACACCUACAAAAGUACCUUGACUGUACCAAAGAGUAUCGAAGCACUGGUCUGCUUGGGUCUGCAACCACCUCGUACGACUCUUGCGAUCCCAUUCUCACAAGGAAGCCGUUCGAUCAUGUUACACCGCAGAUGAUUGCGCAUCUCUUGCCCAGAUUCACGGGUGCAGUUUUGCAGAUCCCGCCGCUGUACUCGGCGGUACGGAUGGAUGGCAAGAGGCUGUUCGAGUAUGCCAGAGAGAACCUGCCGUUGCCUCGGCCUAUUGAAGCGCGAAGAGUUACCAUCCACGAGUUGCGGUUGGUCGACUGGCUAGAGCCUGGCAAGCACGCAUUCAAAGAGCCGCAACGCGAGGUACCACCAGAGGACAAGGCAUUGGUAGGCAGGGUGCUCCAUAUGGCAGGCCGCAAAGAAGGCCAGACUGAUACCGUUAAGGAGGUCGACGCAACUGCGCCUCAAGAGCCAGAAGAGAGUGCGUCGACCAUCACGACCUCGUGGCAGAAAUCACCAACGACUGCAGAUGCCAAUUCAUCAGCCACGGAAAACAGCGAGUCACAAGCCGACCCGGCGGGACCACCUGCAUUUGUACUCGAGAUGACCGUAUCUUCGGGCACAUACGUGCGAUCCAUCGUGCACGACCUUGCGCUCGCUGCUGGAUCUGCCGCCCACGUCCAGACUCUCACCCGCACACGUCAAGGUGAAUGGUCCAUCAACACGCCAUCCUCUGACGACAAGCCAAGCAUCAACGGCAAUUGCAUCGAUUGGAGCGUGUUCGCAGACGCCAUUGCCGAAAUGAAGCGAGAAGCGACCGAUGCACAAUUCAAAUCGGCACGUGAUGCGGAAGGAUUGCGCGCGUGGGAGCGCCAGCUUCUCAAGGUCAUUGUUCCCGUUUAG